CGAGGACGCUUCGCCGCCAUUUUGUUUGUACGUUGGGGUUGACGUUAACUAAUCGUUUCGGUGUCUUAAAUAGUUUCGUAAUUAGAUCAUGGCGUCCAAAAAGGACGAGACCCCAACAAUUACGACCAAAACCAACGUCAAACCGUACGGUCGUGUGUUAAUCACUCUGAAUAACCAAUUGUUACCAGAAGAAAAGCUGAUAAACACGCCUUCACAAAACGAUGGUCUGAAUAUCGAAACCGAGACUGAUUUACGUAUUUACGGAUGUGAACUCAUCCAAACGGCAGGGAUUUUGCUAAAAUUGCCACAGGUUGCCAUGGCUACUGGGCAAGUGUUACUCCAGAGAUUUUAUUACUCUAAAAGCCUGGUACGCCAUCCUAUCGAGCACACCGCUAUGGGCUGUGUCUGCCUCGCCUCAAAAAUUGAAGAGGCUCCGAGGCGGAUUAGAGAUGUAAUAAAUGUCUUUACUCACAUCAGACAAGUGAACUCAAACAAGCAAAUCCAGCCGGUUAUUUUAGAUCAGAAUUACAUCCACCUGAAGAACCUGGUGAUAAAGGCGGAGCGGCGGGUGCUGAAGGAGCUGGGCUUCUGCGUUCACAUCAAACACCCGCACAAGAUAAUCGUGAUGUAUCUGCGGGUGCUCGGAUUCCAGGACAACCAAAAACUGAUGCAGUACUCGUGGAACUACAUGAACGACGCGCUGCGCACCGACGUGUUCGUGCGGUACCAGCCGGAGACAGUGGCGUGCGCGUGCAUCUACCUGACUGCGCGGAAGCUGCGGCUUCCUCUGCCGCGCAACCCGCAGUGGUUCCUCAUUUUCGGCGUCAGUGAGCGCGAGAUCCGCGACAUCAGCGUCCGGAUACUGAAGCUCUACAAUCGGCCGAAGCCCAACAUUGAGGAUCUCGAGAAACAGGUGGACGAGCUAUGCAAGAAGUAUCAAGACCUGAGGGCGGCAAAAACCCGCAGCAGCGGCAACAACACCCCCAACAACAACGACACCAGCCCCAAUAACCAAAAGAGCGGGGCGCACAACGCUUGGGGCGGUUUCAUCAGCCGUUCGGGUAGUCACCUGGCACCAACCAUUAACGAGAAAAGGUCCCGGACCAGAUCGCUGACCCCGUCGCCCGACCGAAGACACCACAAAAAGUCGAAAAAGCACCGAUCGAGAAGCAGGUCGCCAAAGAAUCACAAGAAAAACCACAAGAGGAAGAGCUACUCGCGUUCGAGGAGCCCGUCGUCGCCGCCGCACAAAUCGAGAAAGAAUAGAGACAGGAAGAGAUCCCGGUCGCCCAGCAACGACCGGGAUAGCAAAAACGACCGGUACAUUGACCGGUACGACAAGUACGAUCGGUACGACAAAGACGGCAAAUACGAAAAGGACUCCAAAUACAAGGAAGAGAGGGACCGGGAUAGACGAGACAAGGAUAAGUACGAGGAGAAGAAAGACAGACACGAGAGGGACAGGAAGCACGAACGCGAAGAUAGGUACAAGGAGGACAAGUAUUCGUCCAAAGAGGAAAAGUACAAAAAAUCGUCGAAGCAAAAAGAGAAGGACCGGUCGGAGAGCAAGUCGAGGGACAGGAGGAGGUGAAACGCGGGGAAGCGACGACAAGGAAGAAGUGCGGGUGUGUCAGUGUAAAUAGUGUACGAUCGCGUUAAACAUUUGGAGUUUCCAUUUUAAGUCGAUAAUGAAGUGUGUAUGUACAAAGGUUCUUAAAGUAAAUUCUAUUUUUAUUAUAUUUAA